UGAUCUUCUAGAUUAAUAAUAUUGGGGGUUAGACGAUCAAAAAAACGUAAGGGCAAGUUACAAAUUGCAACUGAACAUUUACCUCGUAACAAACAUCAAAAUCAAUUUUUAACUACACAAUAUGCAAUGAAGAAUAUCUCCACGCAAAGCAACACCAAAGCUGCAAUCGCUCCGUCUCUUCUCGCACAGUGAUAGAUACGGCGUACUUUCCUAGUUGAUUGGGAGUUAGCGUACCGAUUCAGGUGCUUCAAUCUUCGGAUCUUCCAAUUUCUAUCUGCGCGCUUCCUUCCCUGAAUCAGAUGGCCAAUUUGUAUGUAAGGGCGGCGCCGCCGACGGAUCUGAAUCGAAAUACGGAGUGGUUCACGUAUCCAGGGGUGUGGUCUACCUACAUCCUCAUCCUAUUCUUCUCGUGGCUCGUCGUCCUUUCCGUCUUUGGCUGCUCUCCCGGCAUGGCCUGGACAAUCGUCAAUCUCUCUCAUUUCGUCAUAACAUAUCAUUUCUUUCACUGGAAGAAAGGAACACCUUUUGCAGAUGAUCAGGGUAUUUACAACAGGUUGACUUGGUGGGAACAGAUAGACAGUGGCAAGCAGCUCACACGCAAUAGAAAGUUUCUUACAGUUGUCCCUGUCGUACUGUACUUAAUAGCGUCCCACACAACUGAUUACCAACACCCAAUGCUGUUUCUCAACACAGUAGCAGUUUUUGUACUGGUGGUUGCAAAGUUUCCACAUAUGCACAAAGUUCGCAUCUUUGGGAUUAAUGCUGAUCAGUGAGCUGAGUUCCACCCAAAUAUGAAUUUCCAAUUUGCUCUCAAGUGCAGCACUGUUGAUCUUGAAUGACUUCCUGGGCAAAUUGACAAUAUCCCCUGUACAGAUGCAUAUUUCAACAAACAAGGAUUAUAGUAUCUGUAAAAUUCAAGAAUGUCUUGUGUGGCGUUCUUUAUAACGAAGUCUCUUUGUAGCUAUGGAACUGUUGAAAGAUGAAAAACUCCAACGGUUUAAGCAGUUUUAUUUUUCCAAAUAUUUGAUCAAAGGGGACUAGAAAUAUAGUAGACCAGUAGCAUUUUGCACCCA